GCAUCCAUCCACAAGCCACAGACAAUCCGCUCCCUCUCUCUGUAUAUAUAUGUAUAUAAAUAUUGUUGUAAAGUUACACGCAGCCCUUGUAAAAUCAUAUCCCACUCGCGUUUGAUUUCAUAGAGACGACGCAGAGGCUGCUCUCGCCCUCUAGGUGGUCAUCCCCUUUGGAUCAGCCAGAGCAGCAGCAGCAGCACAAGUGCAGUUGCAGAGCAGCAGUUUCUCAGAGACAUAUAUCCUCUUCCCUCCAGUUAGUUGGCUAACGGUUUUUCUUGUUUCCCCAUUUUGCCCUUUCACUCCUUUCUAAUUUACGCUUUGAAUGCCAUAAGUAAAGUACCGCUGCUCCACCAUUUUCCACUUCGAAGAUGAUUUCGUGGAACGAUCUUUACGUCGUUUUGACGGCGGUGAUUCCUCUCUACGUCGCUAUGAUUUUAGCUUAUGGCUCCGUUCGCUGGUGGAAAAUCUUCUCGCCCGACCAAUGCUCCGGCAUCAACCGCUUCGUGGCCAUUUUUGCUGUUCCGCUGCUCUCUUUCCAUUUCAUCUCUCAAAACAAUCCCUACGCAAUGAACUUCCGGUUUAUCGCUGCCGACACGCUUCAGAAGAUCAUCAUGCUCGUCGUGCUUGGCAUAUGGACUAACUUCACCAAGAAUGGAAGCCUGGAGUGGAUGAUUACCAUAUUCUCACUUUCUACGCUUCCAAACACAUUGGUCAUGGGUAUUCCACUCUUGAUCGCCAUGUAUGGGCCAUACUCCGGUAGUCUGAUGGUGCAGGUUGUGGUGUUGCAGUGCAUCAUUUGGUACACCCUUCUCCUCUUUCUCUUCGAGUACCGUGGCGCCAAGAUGCUGAUCAUGGAGCAGUUCCCCGAGACUGCCGCAUCCAUUGUUUCCUUCAAGGUGGACUCAGACGUCGUUUCCCUCGACGGUCGGGACUUUCUUCAGACAGACGCCGAAAUCGGCGAUGACGGCAAGCUUCACGUGACGGUAAGGAAGUCCAACGCGUCGAGACGCUCUCUCGGGCCAUGUUCUCUUCCUGCAUUGACGCCUCGCCCCUCCAAUCUCACCGGCGCAGAGAUCUACAGCUUGAGUUCAUCCAGAAACCCUACGCCGAGGGGUUCCAAUUUCAACAAUUCAGACUUUUAUUCUAUGAUGGGGGUCCCAGGGUUUCCGGGAAGGCCAUCGGCGGACCUGUACUCGAUGCAAUCGUCGAGGGGUCCGACGCCGAGACCCUCGAAUUUCGAGGAGAACUGUGCUCCGGGAGCUCAAGCUAUCAGCUCUCCCAGGUUUGGAUUCUACCCAGCCAAUUCUUACCCAGCACCCAAUCCAGAAAUUUCUGCCACAGUUACUAAGAACGCAAAGAACCAUCUCCACCACCACCAGCCGCAACAGACUCAAAAUCAACAACAGCAGCCGCAACCACAAAGCAAAGCGAACCACGACGCCAAAGAGCUCCACAUGUUCGUAUGGAGUUCGAGCGCAUCGCCGGUGUCGGAAGGUGGCGGACUCCAUGUGUUUGGCGGAACCGAUUUCGGCGCGGCGGAGCAAUCUGGACGGUCCGAUCAGGGCGCUAAGGAGAUCAGGAUGUUGGUUGCUGAUCACCCUCCUCACCCCCAAAAUGGGGAAAGCAAAGCUAUUCCGGAAGCCGAGGACUUUGGUGGAGAAGACUUCACCUUUGUUGGAAAUAGAGGAGUGGAGGGAGAAGAGGAGAGGGAGAAGGAGGGACCCAUUGGACUGUCCAAGCUGGGGUCAAGCUCCACCGCUGAGCUACACCCAAAAAUGUUGGGAGCUCCAGAGUCCGGUGCUGGCAAACAGAUGCCUCCGGCCAGUGUGAUGACCCGUCUCAUCUUGAUCAUGGUGUGGCGCAAGCUUAUCCGCAACCCCAACACCUACUCAAGCCUCAUUGGUCUGGUUUGGUCUCUCAUUGCUUACCGGUGGGAUGUGGCUAUGCCCACAAUCAUAAAGCAGUCCAUCUCUAUACUGUCGGAUGCUGGUCUUGGAAUGGCUAUGUUCAGCUUAGGUCUGUUUAUGGCCCUGCAACCAAGGAUAAUCGCAUGCGGUAACUCGGUGGCUACAUUCGCCAUGGCUGUGAGAUUCCUAACUGGCCCAGCAGUAAUGGCUGCAGCUUCCAUUGCUGUUGGCCUGCGGGGCACCCUCCUCCAUGUUGCCAUCGUGCAGGCUGCACUUCCACAGGGCAUUGUUCCCUUUGUGUUCGCCAAAGAGUACAACGUUCAUCCAGCUAUUCUCAGCACUGCGGUGAUCUUUGGGAUGCUAAUAGCGUUACCGAUUACCCUCGUCUACUACAUCCUUCUGGGAUUGUGAAAUUUCCCAAGCAACUAAAAUACAAGUGAAAUGAAGAGAAUUUUGAUUGUGAUACUUGGGAGCCACCUGUGGAUUUUCCAGGAGAGAAGAUCAAUGUAUGUACGGAGAAGUUUUUACCAGGCUCCUAAAUACUAGGAGCAGCCCCCCCCAUAUUUGACUUGGUGAACCCCUGAUAUAAGUGAAGAUGCACCCGCCUUCAAAACCCAAGGUUUUAUCUAAUUUUUCAAAGUUUGAGAGAAACAAGGCCCAUACAUUCAGCAUAUCAUAUGGGAGACAACACAGAGGAAAACAGGGAAAUUCGAAAAGGAACAAAAAAAAAAAAUACAAAGAAAGGAAGUGGCCAAUGAUUUCAGUUUCUCUUCAUUCUGGUUUUGUUUGUGAAAUCUGAUAUUUAAAAAAAAAUUGAUCUCUGCCAUCGGAUAGCGAAAGAAUCGGCCCAUGAAUUGAUGAAGAAGAAGAGAGAAGAAGGAUAUAUAUAAAUAUUUUUUCUCUUUCCUUUGUUCUAAAUGUUGGUUUGAUUGCCUUAGAUCAUGCAAUUAAUUUAGUUAAGUUUGUCGUCUCUGUAAUUCUUCCGGUAGGACUUUAUGAUGAAAAGGGGGGCCAUUACUCGUUAGCCAUGCACCUUGUUAAUACUAAAAAAGAAAUCAUGUAUUUCGUUUUCUCUUCUCAA